AUGGAAGGAUUUGAUCAGUCAUCAAGUGACGAUGAUGGACUUAUGAACUUUGUUAUGAACAAAAACAUCACCUAGGCACCGUCUAACUAGAUAAUAAGACCAAGAAUUCAUGCUAUUGGGAAAACCCUUAAUGCGCAGAAGAUGAAACUUAAGAGUCUGAAUCUAAGUCAAAUGGGUAGACAAAAGAUUGGGUUUGACAAAGCCAGAAAUCAGUUAAGGCACAAGCAUAAGCACAAUAUUGAUAAGAGACUAAAGAACAAAUUGAGAAGGAUAUUAGCUAAAGAAAAUCAAGGAAGUAUAAUUGGCAGACCCAAAAAGCCGCCUAUAAUUGGCUCAGAAAAGACUGAUGAAGGCGGGUCUAAAAUAUAUACCUGUCAUGUGCUUGGUUGCGGCAAAAUCUUCCAAGAUUCUUCGUCAUUAAGAAAGCAUCUAAUGACUCACGGGGAACGAUAGUAUAUAUGUCCAGUUGAAGGUUGUGACUUUAACUUAAGGACUCAUUUGAGAACUCAUACUGGUGAGAAGCCAUAUCUAUGCACCUAUCCAAGUUGCAACAAAAGAUUCACCCAGAGUUCAAAUUUAACUGCUCAUGAGAAAACUCAUUUGAAUAGAGAAAAUCAAAUUAGAUCGUCGAUUGGUAUGCCUGGUGGCAUGAGAUCUGGCAUUUCUGGAAUGCCAGGCCAAUCAAUGUAUUCCAAACUGAAAUCUGGUUUCAUUAUUGAAGGCGGGGACCAUGAGCGAAAGGAGAAUUAAUUUUUCAUUAUAAACAUCCAGCCAAGGCAUAAAUGUGAUUUACAUACUAAGUAUCAUGAUUGGAUUCAGAGAUAUGAAGAGGAAUUGAAAGAGGCUGAAAGGAAAAAGCAAGAAGAGAGGGAGUAAUAGUAAUAAUAGCAGUAAAUGCAAAUGAAGCAAUAAAGAGAGGCAGAGAAGAUAAUGCAAAUUUAAUAGAGAAAGUAGCAUCAAUAAAUAGCAAAAAUGUAAUUAAAUGCUUAACUUGCUGAUGAUAAUCAAUUUGCCUAGCCUGACAUGCCUGUUUCUACAACUACUGAGCCUAGAACCACAAUAAUAGGGCCAAAUACAUUUACUGCAAGUGAGAUACGCAAUGAAGAAAAAGCUGGUGGUUUGCCCUCAAUUUUUUUCAAGUAAGGCUUCUAAGGGAAUCUACCUACAUUCAAAGAUGCAGUUGAAGAUGAUAAUAAACAAAAUUUGGGAUCUGUUGUAAAUAACUAACUAACUGAAGAGGAGAAGCAAAAUAUCUUUAAGACUAGUAUCGGAGGAGUGUACGGAGACCAAUUUGAUUUUAGCUUGUUUGAUUCUGGCGAAGCAAUAAAUGAUGAGAAUAAAUUACUUUGGCUUGGAAGGCAGGAUAUGUCUAUGAUAAUGGAGAUUCUUGCUCUACCCAGUUAUCUAGAGAAGCCACCGAUUUAUGCCGAGGAUAUAACAAAACCAAUGAAUCCUCGAAACUUUGAGGACUAUUUCGAGCUUCAAAGAAAAUGCAUUGCCAGAGGUGAACUGUGUGAGAUCAGGCAUGUAAAAGAUAAAAGAACUGGGGAGAUUAAAACUUGUAAGGUUUUUAGGAAGUCUGAUUUAAAUGAUAAACUUAUGGAGCUAAUACAUGAAGAACUAGUCACCCUUUCAAAGUGCGACCAUCCUAACAUAGUAAAGAUCCAUGGAGCUUAUGAGGAUUAAUUCAAAAUUUACUUUGUCAUUGAUACCUUCGACGGGCUCUCAUUAUUUGAUAGGAUUAUUAGACAUGGAUAAUUAAGCGAACAGGAAGCGGCAAUGAUAAUCUAGCAUAUUUUUUCAGCUGUAAAAUAUUUACAUAAAAAUGGGUUUGUACAUAGAAAUAUUAGACCUGAGACAAUUUUAUUUGAAAGUGACAGUGCAGUCAGCGAUAUUAAGCUCGUUGACUUUAUAACAGUAAUUGAAAAUAAAGCCAUUUCUGAGGAGGAUGCUUUGUUCGAUACAAUGCUAAGAUUAGGCCCAUAUUACCGUGCCCCAGAAUUACUUCUAAGUAAAAAAAACUAUGGUGUAAAUUGUGAUAUAUGGAGUUGCGGAGCCAUUCUUUAUAAUAUGGUUACUGGAAUCCCACCUUUUUUCGAGCAAAAUGAAGAAUAGACAAUUGAGAAAAUAAAGACUGGUGUGCUGUCCUGUCAGUUUCCAAAUUAUGUGGAGAAUAACAGCAAAGAAAUAAAGGAGCUGAUUGAGAGUAUGCUUUAAGUCAAUCGCUUAGACAGAAUAAGUGUUGAUUUAGCAUUGAAAAAUUAAUGGAUCCGUGAGCAGACUAAGAGUUAUUUGCUUGUUAACAAGAAAAUAGCUCUGGAUGCACUGAAUAAUAUGAAGAAUUUAUUCUUUGGUUACUAAUUUCAGAAGGCGGUGCUAGCCUUUAUGGUGAAGACUGUAAUUGAUAAAAAGGAAAAAGACAACCUUUAAAUUAUGUUCGAAACUCUAGACGACAAUAAGGAUGGAGAGAUUAACUUGAAGGAAUUCCUGGUGAAUUUCAAAUCAAAAUUUAACAUAAAUGUACUGGAAGCUGAUAUGACUAAGGUAAUUAGAUAAAUCGAUUUGAAUGGAGACCGUGAAGUAUCAUUUACUGAGUUUUUAAUGGGGGCUUGCAAUAAAUAGUCCCUUUUAUGUGAGGGUAACCUUUAGAGUAUUUUUGCAUGGAUUGAUAUGGAUAAAAAUGGAUUCAUUACAAGAGAUGAUUUGAAAGAGUUCAUAGGUGUUAAAGAUGAUACUUAUAUAGGAAUUAUGAUUGAGGAAGCUGAUGAUGAUUGCGAUGGUGGAAUAACUUAAAAAGAAUUCACUGCAAUUAUGACUAAACUUUUAAGGGUACAUUGA